GAGAGAUCGUAGCAUCCUUUCCUGCUGGGAUAUUUAUGUGCAGUGUAUAGUAUAUGUGUAUAUUGAAAUCGCAGACCAAAUUUGGGUGCAAGUGUCAGUAGCCUGCAAUCAUGAAGUUAGUAAAGAAGGUCAUCGAGCGUGAUGCCUCGGGGUUUGUUGAACUCAUAGCCGAAGAAGGAGAGGACAUGUGGCAUGUGUACAACCUACUAUUGAACGGCGAUAGGAUCAAAGCCACUACAUUUCGGCGCGUGCAGAAUGAAUCUACAACUGGCAGCGUGACGAGUGAGCGUGUGCGAACAGUGUUGACAGUGGAAGUCACGGAUGUGUUUUUUGACACCCAAGCCUUCACACUGCGAAUCAAUGGUAAAAACACAGAAGAAAAUCCACAUGUAAAGAUGGGAGCGUUCCAUACGAUCGAUCUCGAACUCAACCGUAAGUUCACCCUGUACAAGCAAGAAUGGGACUCUGUGUCUCUCGAGCGAGUAAAAGAGUCGUGUGACAUAUCAUCCAAAGCGGAUGUGGGUGCGGUUGUACUGCAAGAAGGGCUGGCGUAUGUGUGCUUGAUCAGCUCGUCGAUGACGGUGAUUAGGACUAAGGUGGAUGUAUCAAUCCCCCGCAAGCGCCGAGGUGGAAUCGAUCAACACGAUAAGGGCUUAAGGAAAUUCUUUGAACAGAUCUUGCAGUCUAUACUGCAGCACUUCGACUUUUCGGUGAUCAAGUGUGUCGUACUGGCGAGCGCCGGCUUCCUUAAUGAAGUACUACUCAACUACAUAAAGGAACAAACGGUAAAGAGGGAGCUCAAGGUCCUGAGUGAGAACAAGCAGAAGUUCAUGCUUGCGCAUUCGGCAUCCGGUCACAAACACGCACUCCAGGAAGCCAUGCAAGAUCCCGCAGUGGUACUUAAACUACGGGAUACAAAGGCACAGGCAGAAGUGACAAUAUUGAAUCAGUUCUACAAGUGUUUGAACGACCAACCCGAUAGAGCAUUCUACGGGUUCAGUCACGUACAUGCAGCCAAUGAGGAGCAAGCAGUGGCCACGUUGAUGAUACUAGAUUCGCUGUUCAGGUCGCAGAAUGUCGAGGAGAGGAAAAAGUACGUGCAGCUGGUGGACGCAGUCAAGGACAAUGGCGGAGAAGUCCUUGUGUUUUCUAGCAUGCACGGCACAGGAGAGCAACUGAAGCUACUGACUGGAGUUGCGGCCAUCUUACGGUUCCCCUGUCCACACAUCGAAGACAUUGACAACGGCAACGACUCGGAGGACGAGAGGGAUGCUUAAUAAUUUAUAGUGUCAUAAAUGUAAUAUUAAACCUAAUUAAGGCAUGGG